GUUUCUUACAUUUUUUCCCCUCUUUCUUUUUCAUGGCACAACAUUUUCUCUCACAGUCGUCGUCAUCGUUCUUCUUCUGCUUCUUCUUCCUCUUCUUCUUCACUACAACAGCGACGAGCACUUGCGACGCUUUAAUGGCGAGGACCGAUUCCAGAGAUUAAACAGUAGUGCCCAUUUAUUGCCCCUACAAAUUUCUUGACAAAAAAAAACCCAGAAAAAAAAAGAAAAAUAGAAAAUUGAUUAAUCUGGUAGAUGAGGAGACAAGGGUCCCUUUAAAGAUUUCUCCUUUUUAUUACCUAUUUUUUUUUUCCCACUCUCUGGAGAUCCUCAAUCCAUCUUUGUGUUGGGUGUUUUUUUUUUUGUGGGGGGUUUUAUGUUCAACACUGAGCCCAGCUCGCGAUUGGCAACAUCGCAUUUUUAUGAACACUCUCACCGAAAAUCUCGGGUCGAGUUCAAGGGGGGAAAGGAAAGAGAGAGAAAGAGAGUGGGAGGUUUAGGUUUACGAGCAGAGACACGGUUUGAUGCUCUCUGAGUUCUUCGAUCAUGGAGAAGAAGGAAACACAGAGAGGCAGCCCUGGAAUUCUCCCCAAAAGUCCUCUCCUUUACGAGAAAUACAAAGCCGGUUGUGGCUGGAGAUUGAUAAACUUCUUCGGUUUCAGACAAGAUCGGUCUGGUAAGAAGCUGAUUUCAGCCAAGUCGCACAGGUUCAGAGAUUCUUCUGGCAACGUUUAUACUAAAAGUCAGCUUGAUUUGCUCCAGAGGCUUCAUGAGAAAUGUCAGUGUAAUAAUAAUGUGAAUGCUCAGCCUGUUGUGGAAGAAGAGAUCUCAUGUAGGCCUAAAACAAGGCGAAGAUCCUCAGUUUCUGGAACCGAACAUGAGAAGUAUUAUCCGAAAUCUGUAAGGGAAAUACCAAGUGAGGCGAGAAGGACGAAAAAUCUAAAGGUGGAAACUUUUGAUAACUCGGUUCAGGGUGAAGGAAAGGUUUGUUUCUCAGAGCAAAAUCAAUCUUCUUUGACUGAGACUGAGAGAUCCGAGAAGAAGACGAGUGAUAAGCAGCUGAGCAUGAAAAAGGGCUGGGACCAAAUUUGCAAGAACUUGGAUCCAGAUUUGGAGAAGUGCCCAGAGAUUAACCUUCAUGUUUGUGUGAAUGAAGCGACUGAAGCAUUGAUAUGCCAGAAGGCGAAAAAGGGAAGUGACCAGUCUAAGCAGUUCUUGGAAGCACUGGAUGUUCUGAGUUCAAACAAAGAAUUAUUCGUUACUCUCCUGCAAGAUCCAAAUUCUUUCUCGGCAAAGCGUGGCCAAGAUUUUCCGGGAUCCCGGCCAAAAGACCGGGAAGCUAAGUGUUCUUCCAACACUGCAACAUUUGAAACUCGAGUAAAAGAUGUAGGAGAACCAGAUGAAUUGGACAGAAUUGUUGUCUUGAAGCCUAGGUUAACUAGUUCAGGUGAAGAUGCAAGUGCCUACUUGAGAUUCAAACAUAUGGCUAAGAAGUUGAAACUUGUUAUCGGGUCCAACAAGAAUGAUCGCUGUGAAAACAAGCUUCUAGGCGCAAUCUGUAGCCCUGAAGAUAGUUGUGAAGCUAAUGAAGCCAAGACUGCUCCCAGAAAAAGCGAUGCUAUUAAGAGAAUGGAGAAAACGAGUGAGGAAAGAGAUUAUUCCCAACGGAGAUCUGAUGCUUCAAUGGAGAUCUUUAAAUGCAAGAAACGGGUUGGAUCUUAUGUUUUCAAGUCAACCCCUGAGAAUGAUCUUUCACCAAGGAGGCUCAUGGUGGAAAGACAACAUGAGAGAACAAGCUCGUCGCCUGUUUAUGAAGUUCCUCAUGCACUGAGUAGUUUCUGGAAGGAGCACGAUACUGAUGUUAGCCCUGAGACAAGAUUGAAGGAUAGAAACCAGAAGCAGCAUUACAGAUUACAAUCCUCGGGCAAGAACGUUGAAGUGUUCAACUCGAAACACGGUUUUCAGCACAGAUCGUCUGAUGAAUGCUUUUCAGAACGUCUCGAUGAAGAUGGGUGUGGAGGUUCUGCUGCUUACAGCAAUCUGAGACCUGGCAUGGAGGAUGAAUGCCUGGAACAGAGAUCCUCAGAGAGUUCAUGCAUGGAGUCUUGUAAAGACAAUCACUCAACAAUUCUGGAGAUGAAAACACUUAUUUCAGAGUUUUCUAGUCCAGAAAGAUCAAACAGCAACGUUAACGACCAUAAACAAGAACAGGAGCACCCAAGUCCCGUCUCUGUUCUUACGAGAUUUCACAUUGAAGAAGAUUCUGCCAGUCCUGGAAUAGCAAACCCAUUAAUUGAAGAGCAUAUCGGUUUAUCUUCUGAGCCCAGAAUCGACCUUACGAGCGUAUUGGAGAGAGGGUCGGUUCAGGAGUUUGUGAAGAUAGUUCUCAAGAUUUCUGGAUUGAACUGGACAGAACUUAUCACAAAAUGCACUGUCUCAUCACUUGAAUCCUCACUGCUCGAUCAAUUCUCACACAAUGAUCAGCAUCAGCAUCUGGUUCUUGACUACACAAGCGAGGUUCUGAAUGAAUUAUACAGAGACAUCAAGUCAUGGCCUUUCAUACGGUUAAAGAACCCGAGACUCGCACUUUUUGCUCUGAGAAACGAUCUGGUUCACCAAGCCAUGAAACUUUUUGACUGGAAUUUGCUCUGCCACUCUGGCCCUCGAAGAACAUUAGAUCAGCUUAUGGAGAAAGAUCUGACAAAACCCUGUCUGUGGAUGGAUUUCGGCGGUGAAACAGAGGGUGUUGUGUCGGAUGUUGUGGAACAAGUCUUGGAACAGUUGGAGAUGGAGGUUGCCACUGAGCUGGGAACAAUGGCCACAAGGAUAUUCUAAUUUUUUACGAGCUUAUUCAACAUUCUUAUAACAACCAUUUAAUGAUAUGCAUGAUUAAAAUGUAUCAACAUCGUUUUUGUGGUGUAAUUUAGUUUAUGCAGUUUGAGACAGCUUCUGCCUCGUUCAGAAGUGUUUGACUGUUGACCAAAAGAUUCUAACUUUUGUUUGGGUAAAUUAUAAAAGGUUCCAUUUUUUUC